AUGAAACCCUCCUGGCUUCAGCAACUCAUGGCACACCACUUCUCUCUGCUGUUCCUCUUUUGCAUGUUCCUGCUGCUGCUGCUGCUGCUACAGGUAAUCAGGUUUUACCAGAAGAGGAGAUGGCUGAUCAGAGUCGUGCAUCGGUUCCCUGGACCUCCGGCCCACUGGUUCUAUGGACACACCGAGUUUUACCCAGAAAAAGAGUAUGAGAAGUAUACUGAGCUGAUGGAAAAAUACCCACGUGCUUUUCCCUUGUGGAUUGGACCCUUUACAAUGUUCUUCAUUAUCCAUGACCCAGAGUACGCCAAGACUCUACUGAACAGAAAAGAUACCAAAACCACUAUUUUUCACAAAAUCGCUGAAUCAUGGAUAGGUCGAGGACUGGUGACCCUGGAUGGUUCUAAAUGGCAACAGCACCGCCAGAUUGUAAAACCUGGCUUCAGCAUCAGCACUCUGAAAAUUUUCAUCACCCUGAUGAAUCAGAGUGUACGACUAAUGCUGGACAAAUGGGAGAAACUCAUCGCCCAGGACCCACAUCUAGAGAUCACUGAACAUGUCUGUUUGAUGACCCUGGACAGCAUCAUGAAGUGUGCCUUCAACCAAGACAAUACCCAGAAAAACAGAACCCUGGACUCAUACCUGGAAGCAGCGCUCAAUUGUGCCAAAUGCUCCAUCUGGCGCGCAAACAAUUUUCUGUAUCACAACGACCAGAUUUUCAAAUUCAGCUCUCAAGGCCAAAUUUUUAAUAAAUUUUGCCAAGUGAUACAACAGCAUACAGAUAAAUUAAUCCAGGACCGGAAGAAGUCUCUUAAGAAUAAGCUAAAGCAAGAUACUACUCAGAAGAAAUAUCAGGAUUUUCUGGACAUUCUCUUGAGGGCCAAAGAUGAACACAGAGAACACUUCUCUGAAGAAGAUAUCCGAGCUGAAGUGAAAACAUUCAUGUUUGCAGGACACGACACCACAUCCAGUGCUAUAUCUUGGAUCCUCUACUGCUUGGGAAAGAACCCUGUGCAUCAGCAGAGAUGCAGAGAUGAAAUCAGGGAACUCCUAGGGGAUGGGUCCGCUAUUACCUGGGAACACCUGAGCCAGAUGCCUUACACCACAAUGUGCAUCAAGGAAUGCCUCCGACUCUACCCACCAGGAGCAACCAUAGCCCGAAUGCUCAAUAAACCUGUCACCUUUCCAGAUGGACGCUCCUUACCUGCAGGGAUAACUGUGCUUCUCAAUAUCUGGGCUAUUCAUCACAACCCCACUAUCUGGGAAGACCCUGAGGUCUUUAACCCCUUGAGAUUCUCCAAGGAAAAUUCUGAUCAAAGACACUCCCAUGCCUUCAUACCAUUCUCAGCUGGAUCAAGGAACUGCAUUGGGCAGCAGUUUGCCAUGAUUGAGUGUAAAGUGGCUCUGGCCUUGACUCUGCUCCGCUUCGAGGUGGCUGUGGACCACUCCAGGCCUCCCAUCCCUAUUCGCCGCGUUGUCCUCAAGUCCAAGAAUGGAAUCCAUGUCCUUUUAAAAAAAAUCUGCUAAUUUUAAGUGUUCUCAUGUUGUAAUUAAUGAGACAAUUUUAUUACUAAAUAAAGAAUAAGAGGAUACAUAUUAUACAAAAUAUAUCUGUAUAGUUUUUAGAUAAAGUGUAUAAUUUAGGAUACUUCUGAUUGCUUUU